AUGCUUCAUGUUCUAUUAUCUAUUCGGCGAACACCUGACGGACAGAAAUUAUUUGAUAUGGAAUUGGCCGAGUUCCGCGUGAGUCUUGUCGCUUCAUGGUCAGAAGAUGAAGGCGUUAAAAUUAUGGAAGAAACUGACGGUUUUGAGGUGAUUACCUCACUUCCGGAUGCGGUACGUGUGGUCUGUCGGAAAUUAGAUGACGGACAGUUCUAUUUUAUUCCGGAACCAGACUCCUCAGCGGAUUCUAAUGACGAACCGGAAGAAAUGGAACAAUAA